GGGCGCGUGCCCAAGUGUUACUUAAAGGUGGGAAUUAGUGCGCUCCCCUGCUUAGCCGGGGGGGGGGGCCUCCCGCCCUCCCGAAACUGAGCACAAGUCCGCGCAGCGAGUUGGACUGGAGAACCUGCACCCCCAGAAUCCAGUAGUGGAGCCAGCUAGAGAUCAAAGAAAGGCCCCCUCUCUUCCGGCGAGCUUCACCCUUCAACUGGGGGGCGAGGCCUAGGGCGCACCCCGACGCCGCCAGGUUGAGGAAGGAGAGCGAUUGCGGAAGCCGAAGGUUCCGCGUUCUCUUUUAAACGCUCUCCAUCCCCCGCCUGGAGGCGUCUACGGCCCCUUUAAGGCGCGCGGCAUUGUGGGUGCGGGGAGUGGAAUUUUGGAACGAAAUGUAGCAAAGAGAGUAUAGUAGUAAGAGUAACCGGGUAGGUGCCGCCGGCCGAGGGAGCGCGCCGGCCAGGUCGGGACGCCGCACCCCUCUCCCCACCGCGAGAGAUCCAGGCCGUCGGAGCACCGGAGGGUGGAGGCGCGCGAGGACCCGCCCCGGCCCGGUCCACGUUCUCCCCAGGAAGCCGGACUCUAUGGGGCGGGACCCCGGGAGCGACUGAGCAGAACCUGGAGCCAGCCCCGCACCCCUGCGCCGCCAGUCCGGGGCGCCCCGGGAGCACUCCCCGAGGGCGCGCCGCCCGCGCUCAGCGCAGCCAUGAGCGAGACGGUUAUCUGUUCCAGCCGGGCCACUGUGAUGCUUUACGAUGACGGCAACAAGCGAUGGCUCCCUGCUGGCACUGGUGCCCAGGCCUUCAGCCGUGUCCAGAUCUACCACAACCCCACAGCCAACUCCUUCCGAGUUGUCGGUCGCAAGAUGCAGCCAGACCAGCAGGUGGUUAUCAACUGUGCCAUCAUCCGGGGUGUCAAGUACAAUCAGGCCACUCCCAUCUUCCAUCAGUGGCGGGAUGCCCGCCAGGUCUGGGGCCUCAACUUCGGCAGCAAGGAGGAGGCAGCACAGUUUGCAGCUGGCAUGGCCAGCGCCCUGGAGGCCUUGGAAGGAGGUGGGCCUCCCCCGGCGCCAGCACCCCCAGCCUGGUCUGCCCAGAACGGACCCUCCCCAGAGGAGCUGGAGCAACAGAAAAGGCAGCCUGAACACCUGGAGCGCCGGGUCUCCAACGCAGGAGGCCCGCCUGCUCCCCCAGCUGGGGGCCCACCUCCACCUCCAGGUCCUCCCCCUCCUCCAGGUCCCCCCCCACCCCCAGGUCUGCCUCCCUCAGGGCUAUCACACGGAACAGGGGGUGCUCCACCUCCAGCACCGCCACUCCCUGUAGCACAGGGCCCCAGUGGCGGGGGUUCUGCGGCCCCAGGCCUUGCUGCUGCUAUUGCUGGAGCCAAACUCAGGAAAGUGAGCAAGCAGGAGGAGGCCUCUGGGGGCCCGCUGGCCCCCAAAGCUGAGAGUAGUCGAAGCACUGGUGGGGGGCUGAUGGAAGAGAUGAAUGCCAUGCUGGCCCGGAGAAGGAAAGCCACACAGGUUGGGGAGAAGCCCCCCAAAGACGAGUCGGCCAGUCAGGAGGAGCCAGAGGUCCGAGUCCCCGCCCAGAGUGAACCUGUGCGGAGACCCUGGGAGAAGAACAGCACAACCCUGCCAAGGAUGAAGUCAUCCUCAUCUGUGACUACCUCCGAGGCCCAGCCCUCUCCACCCAGCUGCACUGAUGACUCUGACUUGGAGAGGGUGAAGCAGGAGCUUCUGGAAGAGGUGCGGAAGGAGCUACAGAAAAUGAAAGAGGAAAUAAUCGAAGCCUUUGUCCAGUUGCUGAAGAAGCGGGGUUCUCCUUGACCACAGGGACCCAGAAGACCUAUUUCUCUUUUCUGCACUUCCCGCCUGGCACCUGCUUUCCCUGUCUUAAGUUGACCAAGAGUAUACAAGAAUGAAUUUUUCCCCCACCACCGGCUCCCACUUGGAAGAUUCCAUAGGGGGUGUGGCUUCCUGGUGCCAUGGCCACACCCAUGCUGGCUGCUGAUUGGAUAAGGAGGUCCUACCCCUUUGUUCCCUUUGGCCCUUUCCCUGUGCCAUCCCCUUGGGGCUGGUUCCUCUGCUGGGGAUAAAGGGAGUUAACCCCACAGGAAGGGAAGGAAGGAAGGAAGGCAUCUCACCUUCUCUUGUUCUGGAUUCACUUUAACGCUUUAAUGCCUUGGAAUUUUUUUUUUUAAAGAAAAAGUAUAUAUAUAUAUAUUUGGGUUUGGGGGGGAAGGGAAAUUUUUUUCUCUUUGAUUUUAUAAAAUGGGGUGUGGGAGUUUUUAAAUGCUAUACUCCAGGCUUGCCCCGCAGGAGGCAGCUGUGUAAGAGGGAGGCACCCCACCAGGUGGGGUAUUUCCCCGGCCCUGGUACACCUCUCCCUUUUUCUUGGCUCCUCCCUCUUUUCUAUGAGGAAUUAAGAGUCUUUAAUUUUUUUGGAACCUCAGUUUUGUGGUUUUUGUUUUUUUUUUAAUUUGGGUUAGGAUUUCGGGUCCAGACCAUUUUUACCCUCCAGGAAGAUGAAGUGAGGGGGAGAAGAGGAGAAUACAGGUCCUCCGACUUCCACACCUUAGCUUCUUGGACACGGGCCCUCGCUGAGUAAAUGUGCGGUUUUUAUAAA